AUGGCUGAUGCUGGUCGUGGCGGAUUUCGGGGAGGUUUUGGCACUCGUGGUGCAAGAGGUGGCCUUCGCGGUCGGGGACGUGGCCGCGGUCGGGGUAGAGGCCGCGGCAAGGAAGGUGAGAAAGAAUGGUUUCCUGUUACAAAACUCGGAAGACUGGUUCGAGAUGGCAAGAUACGUUCACUUGAAGAAAUUUAUCUAUUUUCGCUCCCCAUCAAGGAAUACGAAAUAGUGGACUUCUUUCUUGGUUCUGCACUAAAAGAUGAAGUCCUGAAAAUUAUGCCAGUUCAGAAGCAAACCAGGGCUGGUCAGCGAACGAGGUUCAAGGCAUUUGUGGCCAUUGGCGACUCAAACGGCCAUAUUGGAUUAGGCGUGAAAUGUUCUAAAGAGGUAGCUACCGCUAUCCGCGGAGCUAUUGUCUUAGCGAAGUUGUCUGUCGUACCAGUUCGUCGAGGAUACUGGGGAAAUAAGAUCGGAAAACCACACACCGUUCCUUGCAAAGUGACAGGGAAAUGCGGCUCUGUGCGAGUUCGUUUAAUACCCGCACCGCGUGGCACCGGAAUAGUAUCUGCGCCUGUUCCGAAGAAGUUGUUGCAAAUGGCGGGUAUUGAGGAUUGUUACACAUCGGCUCGGGGUUCCACAGGAACGCUUGGCAACUUUGCCAAGGCCACCUAUGCAGCAAUUGCAAAGACUUACGCUUAUCUUACACCCGAUUUGUGGCGAACUCAACUGCUGACUCGCUCUCCAUAUCAAGAAUUUGCUGAUUUUCUCGCCAAAAAGUACGUGAGCACAACUGUGCGUGAAGCAUAA